AUGGCAUCGUGUUGCAAAGCAUUCGCGCGAACCCCCUUCCCACUACCAAGAAAAAAUUUGCGUUCAAUCCCAUCUCUCUCUGCUCACCUUCUUGCCGCCAGAGCGCCGUCAUGCACACUCAGAGGCCUCGGCUCGAGCCUGAGCCUGUUUUCAACAGCACGUUCGCGAUCGGAACCACGAACUUUUCCCACCAAAGGAUUUGAUGUGAUCGAUAAAGACCAACUCAUUGAAGAAGAGGGAAUGCUGGAGUAUAAUCCCGAUCAUUUUUACCUAGUGCGCCUGGGCGAGGUUUUCAAUGGUAGGUUUCAGACAGUGGCUAAACUGGGCUAUGGUUCCUCCUCGACUAUCUGGCUUGCCUGCGACCUUGAAGAUAAUCAGUACAUAGCUCUCAAAGUCUACAUCCAUAACUCUGUCGAACAUCGGGAGCUGCCAUUCUACGAGCACCUGAACAAACUCCUACCCAGCAAACACGUGGGGGCCGAAAACGUCAGGAAGCUUUUGGACUCCUUUCAAGUCUCUGGUCCUCAUGGAAAUCACAUCGCCCUCGCUCUCCAGGUCUCUCAAAUGAGUCUGCGUGAUAUGGACACUGUCUUCAUGAAGGGUCGUGGCUUCGAAGAGGACUUCGUCAAAAGUGCCAUUAAGGAGCUCCUCCAGGCCGUUGAUUUCCUUCAUACAGAGGCCCAGGCUAUUCAUACUGACAUCCACCCUGGCAACCUCCUCCUUGGUCUAGAGGACAACUCGCUCUUCAAGAAGCUCGAAGACAACGAAUUCUCAAAUCCCGUUCCUCGCAAAGAACUACCAGACCGGAACAUUUACUUUUCCCGCCUGAUGAAACCCAAGGUUGGGCCGCUUCUCCUCUCUGACUUUGGAGAAGUCAGGCUCGGAGCAGGCCCUCACGCUGGCGAUAUCAUGCCUAUCAUUUACAGGGCCCCGAAGACUCUUCUAUAUAUCCAAUGGAGUUACCCCGUCGAUAUCUGGAGUGUCGGACUCACAGCAUGGGACCUCCUUGAGGGACGGACUCUCUUCAGCGCGCGCAAAGAAGACAGUAGCUUUUCAGAUGGCGUUCACCUCUCCGAACUCAUCGCUGCUUUAGGUCCUCCACCUACCAAGCUUCUCAACCGGAAUCGUAAGAGAGCGCUCGAGUAUUGGAAUGAAAACUAUAAAUGGGAUGAAUUCGUUCCCAUUCCAAAGGAGAAAACCUUGGAGGCGGUUGAAACGAAAUUGAAAGACAAAACCAAGUUCCUUCCGUUUAUAAGAAGGGCUCUUGCUUGGGAUCCCAAUGAUCGCCCGACAGCAAAGGAACUACUACAAGAUCCGUGGCUAACAAGCUAG